CAUUUGCAGUCGGGCCGUGUGUCUCGCGCUAGUGUGUUAGUGUAAUUGUAUUAUUUCUUUAUUUUUUUUAGUUUGUUUUCAAAUUUAAUAAUUAUUACCUAUUGUAAAAUUUUAAUGUUUCUUGUUUGUGUCAAUUUUAAAUUAAUUUCUGUUUAGUUUAUAGUGAAGUUUCUUAGAUCCGUGUUAAAGUUAAUAGAUAAUUCCUCAACCGUGUGUCUCUGAGAAGAAUAUAUUUACAUUGUUUAAUAAUUAAAAUGAAUCGUUUUUGGCUCAGCAGAUACAUUUAAAAAACUUAAGCUAAAUGCAACGGAAAAAAUAAAACAAACUGCAUGAUAAUUUACACACCAUGUCUUGUGUGCGGGAAUCAUCACCGCAAUCAGAACAUGUAGUCAGUCAGAGACCAGAACCAAAAGUACGUCGGUUUAAUCCACUCAGACGUCUGCGUCAAAUAUUCAAACGUAAAGCUCAUAGUCCUGAGCCCCAUGAAGUUAAAUCAUGUGACAAUAUUGUAGAACCACCUAGUUUGGAUACGUCUAGAAGUCGUUCGACUAGUCAGCUGAUUGACGAGCCAUUUACCAGGAGGCGAAGCUUACACUCCACUAUACUAAGUGUUAGCCAUGACAGUGUAUUCAACCCUGAACAACAUUCUGGUCAAUCCGAUUCUGAAUCUGCUGUAUCCGUGCCACGGUUAGGUUUUCCUCAAGCCAAUAUACAGGCUGAACUACUAGAAGCGGUAAGAAGGCGAAGAAAAAUUCAAGAUGACGAUGAUAGUUUCGACAAUGAAGAUUUAGGACUCCCACGAAGUCCAUCAAUGCAUUCUCCUACUAUUGCCACUGGCAACGAUCUCCGAUUGAGCAAAGAGCUGAUAACUAAAUCUUCACAUAGUACAUGCAGUGAUGGAUCACUUCUUAGCAUGGGCAGUUCCGAAAUGGAUGAAGAUUCUUUUGGACCUCACAAUUCUCGACAUUCGUCAAAAAUAUCGUUACAUGACAAGCGCGCGUCUCAAACUCAUUUAGACAGUUCGGACGGUGACAAUUCUACAAGUGUUCCUCUUAGUCACGAUGUAGCUAAACACCGAAUGGCGAUAAGGCCCAAAAGAAAGCACGGCAACCCUCGCAGCAAAAAACCGCUGGCUGUGACAAACGCUCUUCCCGCGACGCCCGAAGUGAACGAAGAGCACUCAGGCCGGUCAACGUCGCCCGAAACCAAACCUCAGACUGCCGACACAGCAGAUGGCACCACCACCAUCAGCACCGCCACCACCACCUCGAACACUAAAACCUCUACCACCGUCACCACCACCUCCACUGCCAACACCACCACAUCCACCUCCACCACCGCCGCCACCGCCACGUCUACAGACGACACGGUCUUCACGACCGAGGUGCCGGUCUUCGCAGCGGUCACCGACACGACGACGACUCACGUCGCUGCCACCGCCUCGUCGGUCGGGUCUUGCGACUUGGACACGUCCGUGGACGAGAUCUCCGUGGAGAACGUGCCGCGGCGCGAAGAAGGUUUUUUCCACCGCUUGCUGUCGCGCCGGAGCACCAAGAAAAAGGCCGCGGCCAAGUCGACGUCCGCCGAAGACGUGGACGUGGACCGGUUCCUGUUCGACGAGGCGACGGGCGCGAGGCCGCGGCAACGCGAAGAACCGCCGCCGGCCGGCCGCAUGCAGCUGUCGUAUCCUCCGGACUUGCCGCCCGACCACCGUCCUCAGCAGCAGCACCACCACCACCACCACCGCGUGCCGGCGCCGUCGGCGGUGGCCGAGGACGUUUUCGAGCCGGACACGUUCGCGCCGAUCAAACACUCGUUCAGUCUCGGACAGCACUCGAUGGCCACCACGGACGACGAAGCCACGUCCAGCGGCGACGGCGGGUCGUCGUCCGUCCAGAAGUCCUCGUCGUCGGACAGCGUGUCCAGCGCCGCGCUGGACGAGUCGGCCGAUUCGACGGCGACGGCUGCUGCUGCGGCUGCGGUGUCGUCGACGGACGAACGGCAUCGGAGUUACAGUUCGAGCGACUCGGAACACCUGGCCGGCGGCCAACACCAACAACACCUGCGACCGGUGCCCGCCCCGCGCCCGUCCAAACUGUACAACGGCGCGGGCGGUACCGCGGCCGACGUGGUGGUGAGGCGGAAGAAGCGCGACGACCACCAACAGCAACCCGAACUGCUGAAAGUGUUCGCCCGGCGGUCGCUGAAGUUGGGCAAGGACGGCGAACCCGAAUUCCUGCUGUUGGCGGCCGCCGAGGUGGACGGCGGCGGCGACGGCGACGACAAGGCGGCGACGCCUUCAAACGGCGAGUGGCCGGCGGAACGUCAAGCGGUGGCGUCCGAGGACCGGGUGGUCGUGGUCGUGGUGGACGACGACGACGAUAACCGUCAAGCCGUCGAGCACGUGAUGGUGGACGUCAACGAGAACCAGACGGUCCAGGCGGCGGCGGCAGUCGAAGUCGUGCCCAGAUUUAAGCGCAUACAGCAGCGCCGCGAAGAGUGGGAAAAGCGACUGUUGCAGCAACAGCGGAACUGAUGAGCGGCGAUGCGGAAGGAUCGGCAGUACUAUAGAUUCCUCUUCUUUUCUCUCUCGUCCUCUCUCCGCUUUCACCCUUUCCACCCUCUACAUCUGUUAUCACGAUGAUAUAUGAGUCACUUCCGCCCCAGGUGUGAUCAACUGUUUUUUAUUCGAUCAAUACGCGACGAGUCGAAAAUCGCUGUUUUUAUCAUAUAUUAUAUUCCUUUUCUAUACAUACAUAGAAUGGUGCUAGAUGAUGGUUGUUAACUUUUUACCCCAUUAGACUUUUGCGAGAGUCUAUACAUACAUUAUUAACUAUAGGUUGUGACUUUCGUUAUAUAUAUAUGUUCGUUAAACUCACGUACCUUUUACAAAUGCAAUAUAUAUUUUGAUAAAAAAAAAAAACUCGAUAAUAAUAAUUCAACAGAUAUUACCAUUUUAUAAAUUUAAAGAUAUAUAAUAAAUGUUCGUGUUAUAAAAAUAUAUAUAUUUUAUUAUAUAUCCAUAUAUAUAUAUAUAGUAAGAGAGUAUAUAAUAUUACUGUAGUUAUGUUGUUUUGGACAAAUAUUUUUUCGUCAGUUCGUAAAGUCCUAUAUAUUUCAAAAAGUUAUUUAGAUAAUAUAUAUAUAUAUAUGUAGGUACUUAUAUUAUAUUUACAUUUAUUGUUGAGUCUAUAUAAAGCGAUUGAUGUUGUAGUAACGAUGUUUGUUUUUUCGUUAAUUUUUUUCAUAACUGUUAAUCUGUGAUUUCAAAACGUUUAAGACAUUUUUUUUUAAUAAUAAUUUUAACUAACAUUUAUCUAAAAUUUAAUAAUUGUUGUAUUUACCUUGCCCAAUUUGUUUUCGUUGUUAAAGUUCCUUCCUCUUCAUAAAUUUUACUAAACUGUCCAUUAUUUAUUAAGUAUUUAAUGGUGAUUUUUUUUUUUUAUAUUUAAUGUUUACCUUUCGACAAUAUUAUUAAUACAUAAUGUACGCUCGUUGUAUACGAUACGUCGUCGCCGCGUUCUUGCCCCUCUUCACACCCGCGUCACGGAUCCCGUCCGACAGUCAUCCGCGCAAAAACGUCACUAUAUAUUUUGGACCACGCAUACCGAUUACCAGGUCGUAAAAAACCAUGUCGCGUACACGAAUAUUAGGUCCGGAUGACGGCGGACGCGUUGAACCGUUUGGACGAAAUUUCUCGUUUGGUAUGGUAGCGUGUCGUGUUUCGAGUGUAUUUUCACCGACAGGUUGUGUUAUUUUUAACGUGUAUAGACUUAUCGACUUAUUUUUGCACGAUCCUAUCACAGCGAGUACCUAAAUUCGAAAUAACAUUUUUAUUUUAUUAUUUUUUUUUUUAAUCCAAUCGACUGAAACUUAAUGAACCGUGAUCUCCAUAGUAUUUCGACGGUCGAUCGACUAUAGUAUAAUAAUAUACUAUAAAUAAAUAUAUAUAUAUACAUAUAGAUUAUUGGUUGGAUUGAAUGUAAACGAUAACAAAAAAACAUUAACCUCGUGUAAUUUUUUGUUUUUUUUUUU